CGGGAAACGUCGGUGUGUAUUUCUGGCAGAAAAAAAACUCGUUCGUAGAAGGGAGCGCGCGGCGCAUCGGCGUAGCGUGUCGAGCGUCCCGGCGCGAAACGUGCGGACGCUCUCGACGCCGUUGCCGUCGAGGGUGACUAUAUCGGGGCGUCGCGACGCUUGCGCGGAUUUCAUCGACGAUCAGCUGGUUGGAAGCUUCUCUAUCGGGUGGAAGCGACGAGGAGGAACUCAGUCGAAGGGAAAAGGGGACGUGGAGAAAGCGGACGACGGAAGACGAAGAUAGAUAGACCGGGUUAAAAAGGGGAAGAGAGAUAUCAAGUCCUAUAUCCAGAAUCCCUCGUUAUACCUACCGCCGCCGUCGACGACGAGGGCAGUGCCGUUGUUAUCGGCGUCGUCGCCGUCGGUUCACGACCACAACGACGGUGUAGUGUGCGUCAGUACGCGACCGUACGGUGCUGCUGUGCGCCGGCGAAGGUGCGCGACGUCCAUAAGUUCGGUUCGAUGAAUCGUUCGCUUGUACUUUAUCAUAAUGCGACACGUUCGCGUUAUCAUCGUCACGUUUCUUCCUGUCCCUCCACCACGUCGUCGUCUUCGGGCCGCCGCGGCCGCGCGUCGAUCAGCCUCGCGCUCGCCGCCGGGCGACGCCGUCAAGACUUGAGAACGUCGCCGUUAUUCGUGAACGGGGCGUAAGACGAGCAGCGUCGCGCGACCAGCAACGCUCCCGUCGUUUCCUCGUCGUCCGAUAUCGGUCGCGAUCGGUGCCGCGCGAGUAUCGGAGUCGCGUUAGUUUACAUACGCGUUUGCUCGAAGAACCAAUCGUGAGGACAGUCCAAGAUUCCGAGCCAAAAAGGCUGCUGUUCUUGGCUCCUACAAUCGCGAUCGCAGUUGAGUCUUCAUUCAAUCUCGGGGCAGGUGCGUGUAUCCUCAACGACAGUGCUUAUACUCUGACGACACCGUUCCUUCGAUGCUGCUCCGCGCAUCGAGGAACAUGGAGCGCCAGCAGCAGCUGUCAUCGUAGCGCGCGAUGUUUCUUGGCGCCCAAGCGGUGUGAGUCACGCUUAAUUAUUGCAUUUGACGUUUUAAUGAUAUACGGCCGCGAUUUGUUAUUGUCGUAUAUUGUUUCGGCCAUAAUCUGUACUUGAUCGCCGGAGCAAUCACACGAGGAAACAAGACUUGUUUAGUUUUGUUUCUCUCAAAAACAUUGUAUCCUUAAGGUGUCACUACAAAAACAAUAUUAGCUUUUGAACGAGAGGGACAAGUAUACUCGAAAUAAAAUAAAAUCAUUUAUCAUUGAGAGAAAACUUUUAUGUAAGAUUUUACAAAGACAGAAAAUUAAUUGUCUUCGACAAUUGUGUGUGACGAGAGAAGACAGAAAAUUUUUCUACCCGAAGCGGAUCGGCGUGCUCUGCUACAUAGCGUGACCCAGGAAACGACCACACUACGGGGACACGCGCGAGACGUGGUGGUUGUAUAUAUGUGUAUAUAUGUGUGAUCGCACUCGGAGGGUAGAACGAGACUCGUCGAAGUUAAAACCGCCCCUGUCGUUCCGCUACGCGGAGAGAUUAGGGGAAUCAGUCGCAGGGGAUAGUUCGUAUAACGCGCGAGCGUGUGCUCGCCGUUGUGGUGGUUCCUUUCUGAUGGUACAGCGAGUGACAGUAGUGACUCACCGGCGACGGACGAACGCGGACGACGACGCGGACAACCGCCCACAGCAGAAGCACCGUCGUCGUCGUCUUCGUCUUCGACCCGUCGACUUGUUCCAAGCACCAUGGGCAUCGAUGCGAUGAUCAUCCCCGCGCUCCUCGUCGUCGUGCUCUGUUGUCCGGGAUGCGGUCGCGCCGAGCUCGCGCGCUUCCACGAGUACGGAUCCGCGGAGCGGAUCCCAGCGGAGAAACAUACCGCGCCGCAGGUCGACGCCGACGACUUCUCCGGCGAUCCCUACAAAGCGUAUCCCGGCCUGGACUUCGGGCCCAUGGGUCCGGUCGUCCGCUCGGCUUCGCCGAACGACGCCACCCUGCGCAGCCUGUCAUCGGGCAGCGACGACGACGCCGCGCAGCAUCCUGAGGGCACGCAGCAGCUCGCCGCGCGUUCCGACGACUCUUCCUCGGAUAAAGCCGUUGAGCAGUCACCGAAGCCAGAGUACCACAUCAUCAACGUCGAGUUUCCGCGCGUCGAGACGCCGUUCGUCAUCGGAAUAUGGAUCUUCUUCGCCAGUCUCGCAAAAAUCGGCUUCCACAUGACGCCGAAUCUCAGCAAGAUCUUCCCGGAGUCCUGCUUGCUGAUCACCGUCGGCGUGAUCAUCGGUCUCCUGCUGUUCCAGGCGAGCAGCGUCCACGUGUCACCGCUGACCCCCGACACGUUCUUUCUGUACAUGCUGCCGCCCAUCAUCCUGGACGCCGGCUACUUCAUGCCCAAUCGGCUGUUCUUCGACCAUCUCGGAACGAUACUGCUGUUCGCCGUCCUUGGAACUAUAUUUAAUACCAUGUCGAUAGGUGCGUCAUUAUGGUUAUUGGGGAAAAGCGGUAUAUUCGGUUGUGAAACGCCCAUCCUCGACAUGUUUCUAUUCUCGGCGUUGAUCAGCGCCGUUGAUCCCGUGGCAGUGUUGGCCGUCUUCGAGGAGAUCCAUGUUAACGAGAUACUCUACAUCGUCGUGUUCGGAGAGAGUUUAUUGAACGACGCGGUCACUGUCGUGCUCUAUCACAUGUUCGAGACGUACAGCGAGAUGGGCACCUCCAGGAUCAUCUACACGGACGUGCUAUCGGGUUUAGCCUCGUUCUUGGUGGUGGCGAUCGGCGGUGUGUUCAUAGGUAUAGUUUGGGGUUUCGCUACUGGCUUCGUGACCAGAUUUACUUAUCAGGUACGCGUGAUCGAGCCGAUCUUCAUAUUCGUGAUGGCGUACUUGGCUUACCUCAGCGCUGAGAUCUUCCACUUAUCCGGUAUAUUGGCAAUAACCUUCUGCGGUAUUACCAUGAAGAAUUAUGUCGAGGCCAAUAUAUCACACAAGUCCCACACGACCGUCAAGUACACAAUGAAGAUGCUGUCGAGUAGCUCGGAGACAAUCAUUUUCAUGUUUCUUGGUGUCGCCACAGUGAACAAUACUCACAACUGGAAUACAUGGUUCGUCGUCAUGACGAUACUCUUCUGUUCCAUUUAUCGGGUUGUGGGCGUGAUAGUGCUCACGGCGCUGGCGAACCAGUUCCGGCUGCACAAAUUGGACAAAGUGGAGAAGUUUGUGAUGUCCUAUGGGGGUUUACGCGGCGCCGUGGCGUUCGCUUUAGUGCUUCUCAUAGAUCCCAAACACGUAUCCCUGCAACCAAUGUUCGUCACUACCACUAUAGCCGUCAUCUACUUCACCGUAUUCAUCCAGGGCAUCACCAUCAAACCUCUCGUCAGGAUCCUCAAUGUCAAGAGAGCCGAGAAGAGAAAGCCGACAAUGAACGAGAGAAUCCAUGAGAGGAUAAUGGAUCAUACGAUGGCAGGUAUCGAGGAUAUUCUGGGAAAACACGGCAACUACCACGUGCGAGAUAAGUUUAAACGAUUCGACAAUAGAUUUAUACGACCUUAUCUCGUGAGAAAUCACUGUGGCGCCGAGCCGAAAAUUUUGGAGACCUAUUCGAAGCUGGCGAUGAAAGAUGCGUUGGAUUAUAUAAGAAGAAAUGCCUCCACUAUCGGCAAUAUUAGCGGCACCGAAAGUAUGUCGGCGAUAUUCCGUAAUUAUAGUAAUACCGGACACUUUAACGGAAGUCCCAGCUGCAGCCAACUCGAGGCCGGAUGGAAUAUCGAUCUUCAGGAACUCGAGUACAAUCCUUCCAAAAAAGACCUAACGGACGCGAGAAUUCACCAUUUACUCGCCGAGGAGCUUUGUAAACCAUACAAAAGGCAUCGGCGUUUGAGCUACAGUCGACACGCAGUAAACGAUCGCGAUUUGUCAACACAAGUCAAUUACAAAAUGCACAUGAAUAUCCGACGGAUGAUGGGAGAACACAAGCAUCGCCACAAACGCAGCAAAAAGUUGCUCAAAGACGGCAAACAAAAUCAUGUUAGUUUCCCAGAAUUUCAACAAAACGGCUCGACAAAAUUAUUUACGCAAGAUUACAUCAAUGGCGUGCUGUACGAGUUAGAAAACGGAGAAACCUCAAAGCCUUCCAGCAAAGAGGAUUUGGAUUCGGCGAUCACAUUCACUGCACGAACAUCCGGCGCGGAAGGUUAUAGGGUAACCACCCCCACGGCCACGGAAACCAUGUUACCGUGGAAACGUGAGGACGAUUAUGAGUCAGGUCAUCCGAUCAAGCAGAACGAAUUUCCAGCUUGGUGCUCCAAUAAGGAAUACCUCGCCUACAGCUCGCCCUCCGCCACUUUCUUAGGUGGGAUCGAACAGCCGAAAGUCCAAUCCGUGAUUGGCCUAUUUCGACGUGAGAGCGUGUGCACACCCGACAGUAUCGAUUGCCAGGAGACUGUCGACGAAGCUGACGAGACGGACGAGUACACUCCCGCGAAAAUGGAUUCCCCCGUUAAAACCAAGGGCAAGCCGAAAGUCCCCGCGAGACGGAGGGUGUCGAUGAUGGAGCUUGGCUUCACCGAACGGACGCACUCGCUGGACAAGGCGGCAGCGGACGACGGUUCUCAUUCCUUGCCAGAAUGCUGGAGCGCUCAGAGGAUGCGUCUUAACUCUUUCGCCUGCUCGUCCCAGAUGCCGAGCCUGUCGACCGCCCUGAUCACCUCCUCCACGUCGGAAUCGUCCGAGGACGUGGACGACGAGGAGGAAGAUGAGAGGGCUUGACCCUUGGGGGCCGUCGCCGAGGAGCGACUGUCCGUCUACGCGGACGUCGAGCGUCGACGGCGUCGACCCUUUCGACGACCGCCGCGACAUUCGUUGCUCACCGCGCUUCUGCGACGCCCAAGUGCCCCCGUUUGAGAGGACCUGCCCUUGACAAGCCGCCUUUUGCAGGAGGAAACUUAUAGCGAACCUCGGCCCGAAUCUCGUUGAUGCGUCCUGCUCUGUAAUUAUGUAAAAUCGCGAGAAGCGAGGAAGAAAUUUCAGAAAAGACGACGUGCAACGGGAGAUGACGAAAAAUGCGUCGAUGUUUUCGAUUUGGAUUUUGUACGAGAAAUAUAUUUAUAAGGAAACGCGAAAGUUCGCGCUGAUUAGAAAAAGUUUACGCGCGGUGAAAGAGAAAAGAGAAGAAAGAUAUUUUUCUAAAAGUUAAGUAAUAAAUUUCUCCGCUUUUAUAACACAAUAAAUAAUCUCAUUAAAGCGGGAUCUUUUGCUUGCGUUAGAUAUUCUGAUCGUUACGCGAAUUCGAAGGUAACAGAAUGAUAGAUAUACGAAGAUAGGAAAGUUUCAAUAACCGUUAUUUAUCCUGCAAAAAAAAAAAUCAUUCGCGAAAACAAAGGUGCUUGUCGAGAGCAAGGGCUUAUUUCUAAAUCCGUCUGUAAGGACUAUCUUGGAAUCGUGGCCUUAAGGACUGUGGAAGUACUUGAACGCCGAUGAUCUGCACGCGCUAUCGUCGUCGUUGUAGUCAUCGGCGCAAAAUUCUUUUGUCGGUGCUAUCGGUAAAUAUCUUGUAGAGGAAUCAUUGCGCGGCGCCAAUGACUUGUCCCCAAGAUUUACCACGAGUUCCUUCUCUCGGAGGUUGAUCUGAUGAUGAGCUCACACCGCGAUCGCAUUGUCCGAUCAUCGCUGCUGUGUGCUUCGCGACUUAAGCUGUGGCCAGACUAUCAACUUGCACCUGGUGCAAUUUAUCAUUUGAUUAAGUGAAAUUACGCAUUCAUUUCACUUGUGGACCAAGUUGCUAGUCUGAUCGCAGCUUCUAGCAUUAGGUGUGUUGCGUCGUUAGCAGUCCCGUUAUCACGGUUUUUGACGCAUGUACGCACGCAUGCAUGACACGCAGUGGUACGUCGCGGUAUAGAUGAUUACCCAUAGCGGCGCAUCUCCAGUCGAAUUUAGGAAAUUUCUUUUUAAGCGAACAAUUACGCGAUAUUCAGUCAACUACCAUAGAACCAGCGCGAGUGAGAUGCAUAGCAGGUGUGCCGUUCUCCCUUCGAGUAUGGCCUUAAAAAAAAAAUUUCCUGUAAAAAAAUGGAUACUCGUGUAAUACGGUGCAUGUGAUGCGUAUAAUACACUGUCACAACACAUUGUUAAUAUCGACACCACGGCACCAUUUGGUCAAUAUUUAGCGAAAAAAACAGCAGCAUGUACAUACAAAUUUUCUUAGAAAAAGGUAUGCUAGAAAAUUGUCGGCAUCCUCAUCGUCAUUUUCUCAAUAACAUCCUCAUCCUUACUAUUUUUGUUAACGUUUAGUAUUAUUUCGUCGCUUCAAAAAGAGAAAGAAAAAAAAAAGAGACACAGAAUGCGACCAUUAGAAUAUUCGGUAUUCUAGUUAUUAUUGUUACACUUGUUACUCUAUCUCGCUAGUGAUGAUACUAGUGCUACUAAUAAUCAAUAAUGCGAUUAUAUAGCCAUCGCUCGGCGCAGGCAGGAAGCGGAAACGCGUCGAGUUCUGCUACAUUUCGAAAGUCGAGGGGAACAUCGACAGAAAUGUUUGAUAACUGGAGAUAAUUGAUUUUGAUUAUAAAAAUAUUGUCGAAAAUAUUACAUAAUGAAGUUAUAUUAAACGAGAUCAUCUCGUUUGUGGUGGAACCUUGUCAUCAAGCGUCCCGAAAAAUUUUACACGCAUCAAAUGAAAUCGCGAUCUUUCUCAAUUGUUUUUCGAAUCACUUAUAACGAUGAACGGCAAUCUUAUUAACGUCAUAAUUAGCUUAGCCUUUUAAUAAAACUGGACCCUUUUUAAUCUUUGACUAUCACUCCAUGAUCCUUGGAGACAUUUUUAUACGCUUAUACUUUUUUCUAGACAAUAUCGCAGAGCACUUAAUUGAGCAUACAUGAUCUCUGAUAUUGAACCACUUUCGCACAAGGAUGACAGGGUAAUAUAAGUUUGCUUUAUCAAAAAAAAACAAAUAAAAAAAUGGAAAAUCUUCUCCGACGAUGAUUUUGCACGGAUAUAUUGGGAGUUCCCCUCGCAUGGAAUAUUCCUCGCGGCCUUUAGUUACUUAGACCGAAUAAAAAAACGUCAGGCUAGUUUUUAGACGCUAGUCUCAACGCUGUUGAUUUGUUAAAAAAAGGAAAAUAAAUGUUUAUUUCUUAAAAGACCGUU